AUGCGUAAUGUAUUUAUUGUUGAAUUUCUAAGUAGUAUUUUGGCUAUUUGUACAACGUUACUUACACUAUUAGCUAUUAUUUCCAAUAAAACACUUCACUUUAAUAUACGAUUACUACUUCUGUGCUUCUGGAGCGCAAUUAUUAUUACCUGUAUAGGGACACUUAUCGACUCAUCUUACUAUUUGAUAGCGAUUAUAUCAAAGGUUGGUGUGGAACGUUGUGCUUGGUUAUCAUUUACUAAAUCAGACUGCAUUGCAUUACGCAAUGUGUAUUAUCUCGGUUUAAUAAUGGUUGUAUUAUCAACACUUUUUCUCUCAGUUGAACGAGCAAUUGCAACGCUUCUUUAUCAGACGUAUGAGCGCAAUAAACGGGUUCUGAUCAUACCUUUGAUGUAUUAUCAGAAUCACAAUGAAGAACAUAUUUUUCCCUAUUGCGCUUAUGAACUGUUUAAUCCACAAGAUACGGGAAAUAUUCAGCUCAGUGUUAUUGCUAUUCAGAUUUGCUCAUUUGUUAUUAUUAUUGUACUGUGGACACAUAACAAUAAAAAACUGCUUCAUCGAAAAUCUCAAAAUGAAAACGUCAGUGUACGAUAUCAAUUACGUGAGAAUAUUUCAACCUCAAAACUUCUGGUACCACUCGCUGCUAUUACAUCAGUAUUUGUCCUUAUUGGUGCCUUACUAUAUGUUCUGUUACCUUCACGACAAACUGAUAAUUACUGGAUUAUCGUCAACCAAUUGAUCACAUAUUGUUUCUACGCUGAAAUACAGGCUUGCUUUUUGCCCAUUGCAUCAGUUAUCCUCGCCGUUAUCUUAUAUCACACAAGCAAAACAAUUCGAAGCUCGUUUUUCCAUCUACUUGGCCUCGAAUGCUGCAUAAAAUUCGGUGAACAGAAUUCCAUUAAUAUAUCACCAGAUGAAUUCAUCAGUCGGGCCUAUUUCGAUCAGCUACAACGACAAUGGAAUGAUCUACCCAUUUCUUGGAAUGGUCCAGCGUGUAACAGUUUGGAGUAUAAAAAUUUCCGAGACGUUAAUUCUCAACGAAAGCAAUGA